AUGGAAAAAGAAGAGACAAGGGUAGAAGAAGACGAGGAGCAACAACAAGAAAUAUGGAGUUGGGGGGCGGGCACCGACGGACAGCUAGCAACGGGCAGCCUUCAAGAUGAGCAUAGCCCACGAUUCAUUCGCUCCCUCUCAGCCUAUGGACCUAUCGUUUAUCUCUCUUGCGGAGGCGCCCAUGUAAUCGCUCUCACUUCCGGUGGAAGAGUGCUGACGUGGGGCAGGGGAACUUCUGGUCAAUUGGGCCAUGGCGAGAGUGUAAGCAAUUUGCAAGCAAACAUAGUCAAAGCAUUGGAAGGUUUCGUUAUCACUCAUGUUUCUGCUGGCUGGAGUCACUCUGGAUUUGUCUCAGAGACUGGUGCCAUUUUCACCUGUGGGGAUGGCUCAUUUGGUCAACUUGGUCAUGGCGAUUACGAUUCACAAUGUUAUCCUAGAGAAGUUUCCUAUUUCGCUUCCAAGCCGGUCGAGCAAGUUGCUUGUGGAAUGCGCCACACGUUGGUGUUGCUUAGAGGUAAUGUGGAAAUUUCUAUUUAUGGAUUUGGGUCCGGAAAGCGUGGCCAGCUGGGUAUUUCUAUGGACAAAGUCAAGUCGACUAGUCUUCCUCAGAUUACCAGGGGGUUGGAGAAUCUUAAAAUCGUUAGUAUUGAUGCAAAUGGAGAUCAUAGCUCAGCAUUAUCUGCUGAUGGAAGCCUAUACACAUGGGGAAGAGGGUUCGGUUGUGCUUCAGACACGUACAUUCCAUGCUUCUCUGAUGUAGCUUUUCCUAUCAGCAAGGUCGCUCUAGGAUGGAAUCAUGCCCUACUAUCAACAAGAGAAGGCGAUGUAUUCAUGCUUGGUGGUGAUCGGCAUGGAGUGCUUAGUGAUCUCCAGAAUAGUCCCUCAACAACUGAUGUACGUGGAAAGUCGAAGGAAAACAUCAGGCAGAUAGUUCCUGGUCCUCCGAAUGUGAAAGCCGUACAGAUUGCUGCAGGAGCAGAACACUCCGCCUUGAUAACAGCUAAUGGAUCGAUAAUGACAUGGGGUUGGGGAGAACAUGGACAACUUGGUUUAGGAGAUACAAACGACCAAACUUCCCCACAGGUGGUGGCCUUAGGCCGGAAGACUACUUGUAGCCAUGCUACUCCAAGAGUGUACUGCGGCAGUGGCUUCUCCUUCGUUUUGAUGACAAGGAUGUCAACUUUUGGCUGAGAUAAUGGAAAUUUGAAAAAAUCCAACCUCAACUUGGAUGAUGGAAGAUAGAGCUUUUGCUUGAAUAAACUGGUUUUAUAUCAACGAUCGAUAUAAUUGUAUCACUACUAGAAUUUGCUGUUGGCUCCUAGCCUGCUGAUUAUGUGCCCAAGACUCAUCUAUAUAUAUAUAUAUAUAUAUAUAUAUAUAUAUAUAUAUAUAUAUAUAUAAAAGCACAAUCACUCUAAAAAUAGGAAGUUGUAUUUUUCCUUCAAAAAUCACCUUAUUAUUUUUAGAAAUAAUUAAUAUAUAUAUUUUUAAUUUUA